AUGGAGCUGGUUCAAUUGCAAGUUUUGAAUCUUUCACAAAAUCAUUUGACUGGAAGGAUCCCCAAGAAGAUUGGCAACUUGAAGCAACUUGAAACACUUGAUCUAUCAAUGAAUGCACUCUCCGGUGCAAUCCCCGAAAGCUUAUCUGAUUUGUACUCAUUGAACUCUCUGAAUUUGUCACACAAUAAACUUUCAGGGCCAAUACCAUCAGGAAAUCAGCUGCAAACCUUGACCGAUCCAUCCAUCUAUGAAGGAAACAGUGGACUCCGUGGCAAACCGCUCCCAAAUAGCUGCUGGGAACACAAAUUGCCUACCAAAAAUGGGCCUAGUGAUGAUGAUGAAGGCCACAGCGAAUCUGAUUGGUCUUGGUUUUAUGCUGGUAUAGGACCGGGUUUUGCUGUCGGGCUCUUGGGAGUUUUGGGAAUCCUUCUCCUCAAGAAGUCAUGGCGCUAUGCAUACUUCAAGUUUGUAGAAAGUGCCUGUGACAAAAUCUGGACUAUCAGAGUGGCUGCUGCUGUUGUUGUCCAGAGUGCCUCGAGAAGCAAUAGUAGUUUUGUUGUGUUUUCGUGUAUUUAA